AUGGGAGCUUGUGCGUCGUGCGCCCAGGCGAGCACCGACGACGUGCCACCGCCAGCGGAGGCCGACCCUGCCGCAGCGGAGGCCGCCCUGAACACGAAAGGACCGCCGCCUUCAGUGUUGUCGUACCCCAUCGGCACGCCAGGGCAGCCGUGGGGCGAGUCUGAGCGUAAGAGUUGGUACCAGAGGGCAUCGAGCACACAGCGGUCGUAUGAGGAGGAUGUCGUCUCCAGAGUGAUGGCCCUCGAAGACAGGUUUGAGGUCGUCCUUUACGGUAGGCUGUAUGAUCGCUAUUCGCUCUUCGCGGUCAGGAGCAAGCAGUGGGAUGCAAGCAAGCCCUGCUGCUUGGUCUCCGGCGGCGUUCAUGGCUACGAGACUAGUGGCGUCAAGGGCGCACUCCUCUUUCUGGAGACUCGAGCCCUCGACUACGCCGACACGUUCAACCUGCUCGUGCUGCCGUGCGUCAGUCCGUGGGGAUACGAGAACGUCCAGCGGUGGACGCCAAACGCGGUCGACCCCAACCGCGCGUGGGGCGCGCUCGCGGCGGUCUCGUGCGACGAGGCCAACGCGGCGUCGGCGCUCGUCGCAUCGCUGGGCGUCGAGAAGUGGAAGUGCCACAUCGACCUGCACGAGACGACCAACACCGACGCCACCGAGUUCACGCCCGCCCGAUGCGCGCGCGAUGGGACCGCGUUCGAGGAGGACGAAAUCCCCGACGGCUUCUAUCUCGUCUGCGACAGCGAGAGGCCUCAGGGCGGGUGGGCGGCCGCGGUCAUCGAUGCGGUCCGAAAGGAGACGCACAUCGCACCGGCCGACGCAAACGGCGAGAUAUGUGGCGAGUCAGUCAGCCAGGAGGGCGUAAUCCUGGUCCCGUUCAAGAAGGUUGCGGUAUGCGCGUGUAUCGCCGACGCCGAUUUCGCCACGACGACCGAGGUCUAUCCUGAUUCGGUCACAUCAACCGCCGAAGAGUGCAACCGCGCGCAGGUGGCGGCGGUCAGCGGUGGGCUCGACUACAUCCGGCGCAGCGCGCUCUGA